AUGUCUUUUUAUAGCAAUCACUCCCUGGACGGCAGUUUUCCUCCUUCUCCAGCGGAGGACAGGGGUCCAAAGCGGCUGUCCUGGGGCAGCCUGCUGCAGAGGCUGACGGAGCUGAAGGGGAUCAAUCAGAGGAUCACAGAUGACCAUCACUGCAGCAGAAGCGAAACGGGAUCCAUGGCAGACAUGUCCCUGUCAGAAUCAGACAGCAGUUUCUUCUGUUAUCCCCUGGAGGAAACUCUGGCUACUGAGGUUGUUGCAACGAUAUCACAAAGUCUCAACGACGCUUCAAACAUCCUGGGCUGCUCCAAACUCAUCUUACCCGACCAUUUACUGCACAGUAUCAGUCAAGAGCUGCUGCACCUGGCUGUCAGUGAGCCCUGUGGCCUCAGGGGAGCGCUCAUCGACCUGUGUGUGGACAAGGGGGACCAGGGCUCCCUAUGUACUGUGGACCAAAUAGCAGUGGAUGCCACCCUGGUCUCAACCUUCCACGUGACCCUGGUGCUGAGGCUGGAGUCCAGUGGACUGUGGCCAAAGGUUCAGAAGCUCUUCAAGGGGAACAAGUCACCAGAGACAUCCGCAAGACACCGAGACACUCUGAAGCUGUGUACGAGCUUUAGGGCUAUUAAGAGGAAACUGUAUUGUUCAGGGGAGCUGUUGAUUGAGGAGUGCUGCUGACCAACGGCUCCUGUCCCCGAUUAGCUUAACUGAAUUCACGUGUAGGCCUACUGUAGAAGGAGGCUGGCUGGUUAAGCAUUGUCUUUUUAAAAGACAAUAUCUUAAGGCUUUAACACAAAUCAAAUGUCAAACAAGAUGGUUGUGAGUUACCAGUGUAUUACAAGCCUAUCAAGCUUUCCCAGGAACCAACUUAUGACUAAUGGCAGCUGCACACCUGGAUGGAGGUGACUAAAAACUGUGAAGAUUCAUGCUUGAACAUGGGUCAGUUUCUUUCCUAUGAAUGUAAAGUUACACCCUUAAA